GCUAAAGCUGACGAUAGCCUUUUAAAUUAAUUCCAUCUAAUUGUAAGUUGAUACUUAUAAAUCCAUCCUUGCACUUGAACUUAAUAGUAUCAUGGCCCUCCACAACCUCCUCACUCAGUGGUUCCCCCCUGCACCCUCAUUUACCGAGAACCAUCUUUCCUCGCAGAAAGACCGAGUCUUCAUCGUGACGGGGGGAAACGGCGGCAUUGGCUUUGAAUUAUGCAAGAUACUGUAUUCUACCGGCGCGAGUAUCUACAUGGCAUCUAGAUCGAGGGAACGAGCCGAAAAAGCCAUAGAGGACAUUAUUUCGUCAUCUUCAUCGACCGAAACCGGAACAAUCUACUUCCUCCCUCUGGACCUGAACGAUCUCGAGUCCGUCCGAAGGGCAGCAUCCAUUUUCGCAGAACGGGAAUCCCGGCUCGAUGUCCUCUGGAACAAUGCCGGGAUGGGCGGCAACCGCGUCGCCGUCGGGGCGAGAACAGCCCAGAACCUCGAGGCGAUGGUAGGGAUCAACUGCGUCGCAGCGCAGCUGUUCACACAGCUACUGGUGCCCCAGUUGCAAGCUGGGAGCGAACCUUUCUCUCCAUCUGCUUCUGCUGUUCCUUCUCGCGUCAUCUGGACGAGCAGCGUCCUAGCAGAGAGCGGCACGCCGGCGCACGGAAUCGACUUCGACGCGUUGGACGAGGGCACCCAGAGUCGAGUCCGCAAUUACGCCGUCUCAAAGUUUGGGAACUGGAUGCUCGGCGCCGAGUUCGCGAGACGACACCCGCACGAUAUCAUCAGCGUGGUCAUCAACCCGGGGAACCUGAAGACGAAAGUGUUCGACGGGACGUCUGCGCUGCUCAUGUGUCUGCUCAAUCGGGUCCUGUACGAGGUGAAACUCGGGGCAUAUACCGCUCUGUACGCCGGGCUAUCGCCCGAGAUCACCGUGGAGAAGAAUGGCGCGUAUAUCAUUCCCUGGGGGAGGAUCCGGGAGGAUAAAGACUGCGCGCGGAAAGACCUCAUCCAGGCCCUCACGCCGGUGGAAGAGGGUGGGUUGGGAUAUUCUGGGAGAUUCUGGGACUGGUGUGAGCAAGCUGCUCGGAGAACACAUUAAGAGAAACUGGAGUUGGAUUUUUAAUCGGUAGAAAGAGGGUAGUCAAUUUCGGAAGAAUACACAACAUCAUUCACUGGGUAUUCGGAUCUAUACUAUACCUUGACAAAAUGAAACAUGCAUUCCAAGUAAAAAGGAGAAAACAAUAUCAAACAGAACAAAAAAAAAAGAAGAAAGAAAAAAAAAAAAAAUAUGCGCCCAACACCGCUGUAUGUAAUACAGAUACAUGCUUGCUCAAUAAAUCAUACAGCCAAGGACAUAGCCGCUCGGCAGCCUUGGGCACAGCCUCGUUACUAACGCCCGUAUUCACUUGUAGGCUCGUACUCGGACGGCGGGGCGUAGUGCUGGCCGUGAGCGCCGCCGUAGCCCGUGUUAUAGUCGUGGAGGACACCCCCCGGGGCUGGGGCGGUGGGAUCGUAGGCGCCCUGCAGGGCUGAGCGGCCGCCCAGGUCGUCGAUCUCACUGUGCUGCAGAAGGGCG